UGCCAGUACGGAAAUGACGCAACAAUACCGCGUGCAGCCCUUAUAUUUCCGGUUCCGACAAAUCGCCAUUUUCCUUUUCGAUUUCGGCGGUGGAGGCGACAAGAUGCAGAUUUUUGUGAAAACUCUGACUGGGAAAACCAUCACCCUCGAGGUGGAACCGAGCGACACCAUCGAGAAUGUGAAAGCAAAAAUCCAGGACAAGGAGGGGAUUCCCCCGGAUCAGCAGCGCUUGAUCUUUGCUGGGAAGCAGUUGGAAGAUGGCCGCACCCUGUCUGACUACAACAUCCAGAAAGAGUCGACUCUACAUUUGGUGCUGCGCCUGAGGGGUGGUGCCCUGGACCCCUCCCUCCGAAUCCUCGCUCAGAAAUACAACUGUGACAAGAUGAUCUGCCGCAAAUGCUACGCCCGUCUGCAUCCUCGUGCAUCAAACUGUCGUAAAACCAAGUGUGGCCACACGAACAAUCUGCGCCCCAAGAAGAAGCUGAAGUAAAUAUCGGAGGCAUUUACUGCCCUCGGUAAACUUGUGUUUGUGCUAACUUUCCAAUAAAAGCGCACAUUGUA